AUGAAGCCUAUAAUAGCUGUCCCGGCGACUCUUCUGCUGGUACAUCGCGCCUGGUCAAGGAAAUCGCUUACACCGUUGGGAAUUGUAUUCGCAGCGCUCACGGCGGUAAUACAUGCAAUCCACCCGUCUUCGACUCCCUUUGCUCUUUUAAUCGUCUUCUUCUUGGGUGGUACGAGGGUGACCAAGGUAAAACACGACGUGAAAGCUCGCCUGACGAUAUCAGCCACUGGAGCAGCCGGUGGAGAAGGCUCACGAACUCAUAUUCAAGUCCUUGCAAACUCAGGUGCCGCAUCCAUUUUGAUAUUACUCGACUGCUAUCGGAUAUACUACAAAAACGGGGAUCUGUCAUGUCUUUCGUAUGGCAGGCCUGAGAGCCUCCUCAUGGUUGGAAUCGUUUCGACCUACGCUGCUGUUGCCGCUGAUACGUACUCCAGCGAGCUGGGAAUCCUCUCCAAAAGCGCCCCUCGUCUGAUAACAUCUCCUACCUUUCGAAAAGUCCCUCCUGGAACAAAUGGCGGGAUAACGCUUGUUGGUGUCGCAGCUGGAUCCUUGGGGGCUUUUACUAUUGCCGUGACAUCCCUGCUGCUCCCAUUUUGUUCUCUUGGUUCGCCUGUUGCUGGUUGUUCCAAGCUCGGUCUCGAUGGAGGGAGUGCUUGGGGUUGGAAUGAGCAAGCACUCUGGGUCCUCGCGAUCACAAUAUGGGGUACAUUGGGGAGCCUUCUUGACAGUCUUCUUGGAGGGCUGCUUCAAGCCACUGUUGUCGAUAAACAAACCGGAAAAGUCGUUGAAGGAUGCGGUGGACAAAAGGUUCUUAUCCACGCUGGUGCUCUCACAUCUAAAAUCAUGGGCGAUCCUCCUGUCCGGCAAGAAACAUCCCUUCGAACGAACGAGGACAUUGCUAAUGCCUUGUCGCCGCAUGCUUCUCCUCACGAGAGCCACGAGGGAAUUUCAGAUCCGGCUCAUGAGAGCCGUAAGAUCACCGCCGGCAGUGACAUUCUCGACAACAAUGCUGUCAACUUCCUGAUGGCAAGCAUUAUGGCGGUCGGAGGGGUUGCCAUGGCCAGCUUCAUCUGGGGCACCCCCAUUGACAGUAUAUUCCACGAAUGGUAA